AUGAUUAUGCAAAAUAAAAAAAUAAUUUUUGAAGAUAUGUCUCAGUUUGAGAGAAUCAUUAAUGAGAUAAAACUACAAUUCUUUACUUUAAUGAAUUAUAUUGUAGAAGCCAAUUUUGUCUCUCCUUUUCUCUAUAGAAUAUUUAUUGUACUAGAAGCUUGCUAGCUAGCUAUUUUUUCAAUUCAUCCAAGACUUAGCUUUGUAUGGAACAAUCAAGUAGUUUAGACGAUUCAAAGUAUACUGAAGAACAUUUAAUUUUAAGGUAUAUUGGACAAUGGCUAGGGAUAAGUAAUGGAAUCUUUAGUUUAUUUCUGCUUUGGUAUCAAUUUUUUUAUGCUAUUAAUAUUUAUUGCGGCAGGAAUCGCACUUAGAAAGAAGUAGAAAAACAAAUAAGUGUCAGGAUUUGUUACGUAUGGAUUGAAGCUGUUGUCAUUUUUUGGGAUACUUGUUAAGACGGUACAGCCUUUGCCUUUCUUUGAUAUUUUUUUGAAUGCAAUUGUUUGUCAAAGCAGUAAAUUCACUGAUAUUUAGUGUUAUAGUGGAUUAUACUUCAUUUAUGUAACGCUAUCGGUUAUUGGACUUUUAAUAUAAAUAUUCUUUAGCUUUGUUUUUAACAUGACAAUGAUUGAUAUAAAUCCAUUCUCAAAGUUAGCUUUUGCAACUCCUCCAAAUUCUAUUACUGAAAUUAAACUUUUGCUUAAAUUUAUUCUUUGCCUCUAUUUUGCUAUCGAUUACAAAGCAUAACUCCAACUCACUCUUACCAUUCUUCUUACUCUUUACUAUGUUAUAUUUUUGGUGUAAACUUAUAAUAAACUGCCUUAUUUUGAUUAUACCACUCAGAAGGUUCAAAUAGUUAUAGAUGUCCUUUUGUUUUGGAUAUCAUUUUGUGCAUCUGCCUAAGCAAUACUUAUACCUAGCGGAAACGCUUCAGCCAAUAAUGUUCCUGCUUUUUAUUUGCUUAUAGGUAUGCCUAUGGUAAGUAUGAUCUACAUUAAUAUCCUGAAAUAUAGAGAUAAUAAAUACAUUUAACUAUAUCCUGAUGAAAUAAAAAAGCCAGAUGAUAUGGAAAAUUAUUCUCUAAUUUUAAUUUACCUUAUUGAAAACAGGCAUGAUAGAUCUUGUCUGAUUAAGUUGGAAGGUAUUUUACGUAUGCAUAGUGAAAAAUGUAAGGAAUCUCCAGAAGUUUGUCCAUGCUCUUUAUUGAUAGCCAAAGAAGUAUAAAUAAACGAUGAAGCAAGCCACAUGGAACAUAACUCGUAAACAAAGCAACACCUAGAAGAUUAAGAAAAAAAAUGGUAUCUUUUCCUAAAAAGUGUGAUUGGUGUCAUUCUAAGGAAAUAUAAUAAAUGCUCCUAGCUGCACUUGUUAAAUGCUUAUUUAUACCAUGAAAAACUAAAAUUAAAAUUUAAGGCACUCACUGAAAUGAUGACAUCUGAGAUGUUUAAACCUUCAAUCCAUGAAAAAUUCUCAAUGUUUAGAUACAAAUAUUUGAUCGAACUUGAUAUUAUUGAAACUGAUAUGAGGAAUGAGCAAAACAAAAAUGUUGAUGUAAAUGGAAUUGUUCACUUUGAAAACUAACUUGUUGUUUUCAUGAAGUCAAUAGAGAAUUCUGUAAGUUUACAUUUAGAGUUUUGGAGAGAAUUACUCGAAGAAAGUCCUGAUAUCGAAAAGCUUUAGAUUGUGGGAAGUAGAAUUACUAAUACAAUUGAAGAUGCUAAGACCUGUUUUAUUAGCUUGUGUUCUAUUCGCUAAAACAAUAUUAGAUCAUUGCUCAUCUAUGGUAAUUUUAUAAAGGAAGUUGUUAAUGACGAAAUAGAAGCUUAAGUGUAUCUAGAAAAAGCAGCUUACGUUAGCAAGAACACAGUUGUUAAUAAAUAAUUUGCUGAUAAUGAAAAUAUGAAAUAUAACGAAAACUCCAAUACUGGUAUCCUAACUAUGAGUGCAAAUUUGGAUACCAGAUUCUUUGUUCAAAACACCAAUUACGAUUUUACUAGAAUUCUUGGAUGGCCUAAACAUGAAAUUGUAGAUUAAAAUAUAAAAAACCAUAUUAUGCCUAAACUUAUUUAAUCUAUUCAUGAUGGAUUGGUUAGUCACUACAUAGAAUCUUCUAUUCCUAGAGCUAUAGGAAUCGAAAGAAUCAUAACUCCAACAAAUAAAGAAGGGUUCUUAGUACCUUCGAUUCUUAUGAUUAAGAUUUUACCUAAUUUGGAAGAAGGUUUGCAAUUUGUUGGAUUUUUCAAAGAAAAAGAUGAAAUCUAUUGCUCACCUUAUGUAAGGACAGAUAAUGCUGAUGAUGAAGUUUUGCAUUAUUUAAUAUAUAAGCUAGAUAAUAAUCUCCAAAAUCAGACUAUUGUAGGAAUUACUCAUUCAGUGUAUGAGAACUUUGGAAUUCCUACUUCACUUAUUAAUAAUAAUAGUCCUAUGAGCAAUUAGUUUACUAUCGAUCUUAUUAUGCCAUAGAUUUUAGACCCCAAAGUAUAAGAAGACAUUCAAACUGAGCAAGGAGCUUAGAUCACUAUGGACACAACUAUUAUAGAGCAACUAUUUUUAAUUUCAUAAGAGAGUGAGGAAGAAGAAGUUAAAAUUAAAGAAUUAAGAGAUCCAUUGAAGGACGAUGAAGAUGGAAAAGGAGAUGAAAGCCUAGGAGAGUCUGAUUAUGAAAAACAUUAACUAAACAAAAAGUAUAAAAAAUGUGAAAUUAAUCUAUGGUUGGAAGAAGAAUUUACUUACAAAGACACCACUAUUCACAUUCUGAAAUUUGUUGAGUUAUUAGGAGAGGGCACUUCAAGGAAUGAAGAGGGACUUGAUUAAAAUGUCUUGUAGCAAACUUAAACAAAGCAAAUCGAAAUUGAUUAGCAAGUUAUUGAUCAGAAUAACAUUCACAACGAGGAAGAAUAAAAUAUUGAAAAUAAUUAAGAAAAUGAAAAUGAGGAAGCAGCAGGUCAUUCGAGUAUAUCUCAAACAUCGUAAGAUUAUGAAGAACUAAGAUAAUUGAAGGAUAUAAAGUAGGCUAUUUCUGAAAAGACAAAACCAAAAACAAUAAAAAUAUUACAAAGAACAGUCGUACUAAUUGUUCUUUUCUUAUUUAUUCUAACUAGUGUAGAUCUUGCUUAUAAAUUUAAAGAAUACGACAUGUUGUAAGAAGCGAUGAAUGCCAUUUACUACUCUUAUAACAGACAUAGUAUCAUGGCAGAUAUCAAUUAUUCAACUAGAAAAAUAUGGUUCCUAAGCAACUCUUACAUACAAGCUCCUUCUUCUUCUACAUAAAGUGCUUAUGGUGCUUCUUUGCAAUCAACACUUGGAACUUAAGUUUAGAAUUUGAAUAAUAUCCAAUUCAACACUUAGUAAGCUUAAAUGAAUAUUGAAUAGAGAAAAGGGAGCAGCAUGGAUUCCGUUGUUGUUAGCACAGAAAAACUUCUUCCAAAUGGGUAAAUAACGGAACAGUAAGCCAACUUUACAGAUUCUUUGAAUGUUUAUAUGGCAUAAGCUGGUGGAUUAGCUAAUACUACUCUUUCAGAUUUUUAAGAUUCCCUUUCAACACCAACCUCAGUAACAACUACUAAGUCAAAUUUCUUCUCUGUAAACUAUAACGGGAUAUAUCCUUUAAGAAAUGGAUCUGAGUAUAUUGCACAAACCUAUUUUGAUUUUUACUACAAAUAGAUCAAUACUUAUUAAAGCAUUUUCUUGGCAAUUAUGAUUUUAGCUAUUAUAAUUCUUUCAACUUCUCAGUUUAUUUUACUCCCAAUAGUUUUUUCUGUUCAGAAAACGAAUGCUAUUGUGCUGAGCUUUUUUGCUAUAGUACCAAUGGAAGAGAUAAAUAAAUUUGCUAAGCGUUGUGAGAAAUUCCUCAAAGUUUUUAUAGAAAGAAAACAAGAUGUAGACACCGAAGAGAGCAAUCGAGACAAUAAAUCUAUGUUAGGAGGUCAGACUGAGGAAUAAAAGCAAAUAGAAGAUGUUAAUGGUGAAAUAACAAAAAUACCUGGAGUUUAUAUCAUAGCAAAUGAAAAUAAUAAUUAAAAUUAGUCAAUAUUAAACUACAAUCAAAACCCAAACAUGUCAAUCCUAAACUAGACAUAAAACCCAAAUAUGUCAUUAAAUUAAAGCUAUAAUUUAUAUAAUCCCUAAGAGCAAGGUUUAAUCAGUGCAGUUAAUAAUUAAUAACUAAAAGUCGCCUAGGGUUAAUCAUCAUUUAAUCCUUCUUAUGCAAACACAUAACGAGUCUUAAAUAAUAACUAAUUAGGUAAUUCCGUUGUGCAAAAAUAGGUUUUAGAUAAAUAAAAAGAAGAAGAAGAUAAGAAAAACGAAGAUGAAGAAAACCAAAGAAUGAAGAUUUUAAAUGCAAAAGAUCACAAAAAGAAAUUUGUGAUUCUAUAGUUUACUUUAUUGACAGCUAUGCUGAUGUUGUAUUUUAUAUUAGUCUAUGCUGUACUUGAGAUUAACUUUUAAUAAAAUAUUUAAUCACUUUUAUAACAUACUCAAUACACAAGAUAGAGGCCUUCGUUGCUUAAGUACUACUUUGACUUCAUUUAAGAAGGAUUAGUAAACCUUUCUCCUAUAUUAUCUGAUCCUAAAGUACCGAGCUCUCAGAAUUUAUAAAACAUGUACACAAAUUUAAUAUAGAAUAAUGAUAAUGUGAUAACUUCAAGCUUUAAAAACUCUUUCCCUUCCUAAUUUUCAACUUAUUAUACCGACUUUGAAAACAUAAAUUAUGGAUCAGUGUGCUAAUAUACUAAAUAUACAGUCUCUUCUGAUCAACAACUUAAUUGCAAAAACAUCCCUGCUCUUUAAAAUGGUUUAUCAAGAGUAGUUACACAAAUCGGAGUAGAUGGCAACUCUAUACUAGCAAAUACUUUGGCUUAUACUUCUGGAGAUAAAGUGGCAUAUUCUUCAGCUAUUUUGUAAGGUGCUACAUAUCAAGAAAUAGAAAACAUGAUGGUGUUUGUUUCUCCAACAAUAGAUCAGCUUAAUAGCGAAUUUUAGUAACAGUAUCAAUCAUAUUUAGACUUUAAAAACAUGCUGGAUAAGCUCUGCUACGCUUUGUUCAUUGUAUUUGUUUGCAUAAUUUUUGUUUUCAUUUGGAUACCUUACUUAGGAGCCUUAAUCAAAAGAAUAUGGAUGACUAAAGGCGUUUUAAAUAUGAUUCCAAUAGAUAUAAUUUUAAAGCACGAAAGGCUUAGAUAGGCUUUUACAGCAGGAGAUAUCCUCUCUGCUGUGAAAUGA